AGUGUUUAAGAAGGCCAGUCCCAAUGGAAAGCUCACAGUCUACCUGGGGAAGAGAGACUUUGUGGACCACGUGGACCUGGUGGAGCCUGUCGAUGGCGUUGUCCUGAUCGACCCGGAGUACCUGAAGGAGAGGAAAGUGUUCGUAACUCUGACCUGUGCGUUCCGUUAUGGGCGCGAGGAUUUGGAUGUCCUGGGGUUGACGUUUCGUAAAGACCUGUUUGUGGCGAACAUUCAGGCGUUUCCACCGUUACCCGAAGAGAAGAAGAGUCUGACACGCCUUCAAGAACGGCUCAUUAAGAAACUGGGAGAACACGCCCAUCCGUUCACCUUUGAGAUUCCUCUGAACCUGCCGUGCUCCGUCACCCUCCAGCCGGGCCCCGAGGACACCGGGAAGGCCUGUGGAGUGGACUUUGAAGUGAAAGCUUUCUGUGCAGAAAACGUUGAAGAGAAGAUCCACAAAAGGAACUCUGUGCGUCUGGUGAUCAGGAAGGUGCAGUACGCUCCGGAGAAAGCCGGUCCUCAGCCCACUGCAGAGACCACCAGACAGUUCCUGAUGUCGGACAAACCUCUGCACCUGGAGGCCUCUCUGGACAAAGAGAUCUAUUACCAUGGAGAGCCAAUCAGUGUGAACGUUCACGUCACCAACAACACAAACAAGACAGUGAAGAAGAUGAAGAUCUCAGUGCGACAGUACGCAGACAUCUGCCUGUUCAACACGGCUCAGUAUAAAUGUCCCGUGGCCACCGAGGACGCUGAUGACGUCGUUGCUCCCAGUUCAACUUUCUGCAAAGUUUUCACUCUGACUCCGUUUCUGGCAAACAACCGAGAGAAACGCGGCCUCGCGCUCGAUGGGAAACUGAAGCACGAGGACACAAACCUCGCCUCCAGCACUCUGUUGAGAGAAGGAGCCAAUAAGGAGAUUUUGGGCAUCAUCGUGUCAUACAAAGUCAAAGUGAAGCUGGUCGUGUCCCGUGGCGGGCUCCUGGGAGACCUGGCCGCCAGUGACGUCUCUGUUGAGCUGCCUUUCACAUUAAUGCACCCGAAGCCGCUGGAGGAAUCCCUCUACAGAGACGCUGCAGAUGAAGCUCCAGUCGACACAAACCUGAUCGAAUUUGACACAAACGAUGAUGACAUCAUCUUUGAAGACUUCGCCCGCCAGCGACUGAUCGGAGCGAAGGACGAUAAGGAUGAAGACGAUGAGCCGGUGGACUCGCCCAAACUGGACGACAGAUAAAGACAUCGAGAGUCACCGCUGCACCGCUGCUGUUGAUGUUUAGCCACUGUUUGUAGUGUUGAGCUAACGGAGGUCACCUUAAGGUCAAACCACAGUCUGGACACCCUUUAAAUGAUGGGCGGUGCCGUGUUUGUGUUCUCGUUCAUGUUCGUCCUCUCUCUGCUUCCUGCAGGGUGUACAAACUAGAGUACUGCAGCCUAGACCUCAGUCGUGUUUUCAGACAGAGCAGUCCACCACUGGCCGGCCGGAGACCCGGGCUGGUGGACGCCGCGUCAUAAUGGCGUCUGGUAGCAUGCCUCUAAUGUCACUUUGUUCUACAUGUUUCCAUUAGGGACCCGACAGGUUAAGUCGCGGUUAGUAUUGAUGUGUCGUAUCAGACAAAACAACAACACUGCCAACUUUGGUUGAUCUGGACCAGUCCAGCCCUCGAGCCACAACAUGAACGCCCGCCGACGUUCAGUAACCGCCCGUGUGCAGACGAGGCUGCAGAGCGUCAAGAAACACCAGAGCACAACCACCUGCAGGACUUCUCGACCCGACAGGACCUGAUCCUGUUAGAGAGCCAAUCAGUUGAGACGAACUGCGGGCCUUGUGUGCAUGUGUUACUUCAAUACUAUAUUUGUUCAUGAUCGAUCAACCUUUACAGAGAAGUGAAGUUUACACAUUUUUCUACCGGCUGAUCAUUUUUGAAUCAACAGUAUUUAGCUUGAUUUCCUUCCAUUCAGUCAUGGUUUCACUUCAUUUCUGUACAAACAAUCAACUCACAUGUCCAUCCUCAAUAUGAAUCUGUUAAAGACUUGAGGUAAAUAUGUUUGUAGCAAACAUGAAAACGGCCCAGAAUGAAAAUAGAAGACUUGCUUGGAUUUCAGACACGGAGGCUUCGUUUAAAAGCACAUUUCAUAAGAAAAGCAAAAGAAUCAAAAAUAAUGAGCAAAUACAAAUAAAUAAAAAAUACAAAUACAAAAACAAAUAAAACACAAUAAAAUGAAGACCGAUUUGUUGACAAAGAACAGACCUGGCAGAGGCCAACACGGGAAGCAUGUUUGACUUUUUGCUUAGGAUGCUGAGUCUGAGAGGUAUUCAAGGACCAAAUCUCAUAUCAAUGACCCUGGUACCCCAUAUCCGCCAACAAACCUUAUCAAUGACCCUGGUACCCCAUAUCCCCCAACAAACCAUAUCAAUGACCCUGGUACCCCAUAUCCCCCAACAAACCAUAUCAAUGACCCUGGUACCCCAUAUCCCCCAACAAACCAUAUCAAUGACCCUGGUACCCCAUAUCCCCCAACAAACCAUAUCAAUGACCCUGGUACCCCAUAUCCGCCAACAAACCUUAUCAAUGACCCUGGUACCCCAUAUCCCCCAACAAACCAUAUCAAUGACCCUGGUACCCCAUAUCCCCCAACAAACCGUAGAAAUGAGAAACAUUUAAUUUAAUACCCUGAAACACCUGCAGUGUUAACGACUUCUCACGGAGGAAAUUAAAUGUGAAAACCUUCAACGAAACAGAAAAUUAGCACUUUGGAAAUCUGUUUUCAUGAGGCUGCAAGGGAGGGAGCAGGUCGGUUUGAGUCAGCCAUGUUUCUACAGCAGCCCAGAAUGGACCAACCAAACGCCGACCUUCCUCUGAGAACACUGGUUCUCCUCCAGGCUGUGAGGGAGGUGGUAAUUAAAUCUCACCAGUGGAUCCCACUAAAUCCAACGCACUCCUCUUUAAAUUAAAAAGACAGGCUGUUCUCUGACGGUCAGAAAUGAAGUGAAACCAUGUGGUGUGGAAUUCCAGAAAGAAGGAAAUCAUUGAAUUAGUGAUGGAGGAAAGUUUAGUGGAUUGUUGCUGAAAUAACUCGAGAGUAUUUAAUCCGGGUUUUUAUUUUUUUGAUUUAUUUGUGAAACAUGAGCAGACUUCAGGAGAUUAUUAAAGUGUGUUAUUACUGAACAUUUA